AUGGGAUACUGGGGAGGCGUCAACCCAACUGCUGCUUCCACGCAAAAGUUCCUGGCAGCUCUGAAAUACCCUCACUUUUCCCCUUCUGUCCUGGACAAGCCUGACACUGUGCUGGACCUUAUAACCAAGCAUGGUCUAGGGGUAAUCGGCCCAUCCAAGAUCCACGAGUUUUACGACGAGAUGCACAGCUACCUGGCCUCGAGUGGCGUGGAUGGGGUGAAGGUGGAUGUUCAGAGUAUGUUGGAGCUGGUUGGUGGAGGGCAUGGAGGAAGGGUUGAAAUUGCAAGGGCAUACCACACAGCUCUGGAGGCAUCAGUGGCCAAGAAUUUCAAAGAGAAUGGUGUGAUUGCGUGCAUGAGCCAUAGUACCGAUGGCAUUUACAUGACCCAGCGGACAGCAGUGGUCCGAGCUUCUGACGACUUUUGGCCGAAUGAUCCUGCAUCUCACACAAUCCACCUGCUUGCGGUGGCCUACAACAGCAUGUUUUUGGGAGAAUUCAUGCAACCUGAUUGGGACAUGUUUCAUUCCCUCCAUCCAGCAGCUGAAUUCCAUGCUGCUGCGAGAGCUGUUGGAGGUUGCCCGGUCUAUGUAAGCACGAGAUGGUCGAAGGGCGCGGCCUGGUGCAAAGACUCACGCAAGUACAAGUUUCAUGAUUCCGAGUCCAAGGAGCUUGCGGGAACCAUCUGCGCUGCCGACAUAGAAGGGCUGGAGCAACUCACUGGGCCUGACUGGGAAGGAGACGUUGCAAUUUACUCCCACAACUCAGGUGCCACUCCUGUCUAA